AAUCCAUGGAAUCUUAGCAACAAGAAAAUGACUGCUGCUUUCUAAACUUUCGGUGGAAUAACUUAGCUUUUCUAUGCAUAGAUUCGUGUCUGAGUUGAUAUAGACAAUGGAUCAAAUCGGAGUCCUGCAGUUGAGCUGGUCGCAGGGGUACACUGGUACCAAGGCGGAAUACAUCGACAGAGACACCAUAAGUUUCAAGUGUGGUAACUGCGUAAAGUUUGUCUAUAGCGAUGGACAAGAGUCCGUACUGCCAAGUCCUGGGGAUGGUGUUGGAGCCCUUGCUGUUCACAGCCAGAAUAGAGUAUUUGCCUUCACCGAAGCUUGCUUGGAACCGAAGAUAUUCGUGUUUACCUACCCAGUGUUUCAGUCAGUAGCAGAAAUGAAGGGGGGUGCAUCUCUUGAAUUCACUCACUUGGCCUUCUCCUCGAGUGACUACUUGGUCAGUGUGACGUCUCUCCCAGAAUUUGAAAUGACAGUAUGGAAAUAUGAAACUGGUCAGAAGCUUUGUUCUGCUGCCCUCAGUCACACCAUCCCAACAAGUGUUUCUUUCAACCCGACAAACUGGCGCCAAAUCUGUCUGACAACUGAGAAGGAUAUAGGAGUGUGGAACAUUGAGCAGGCACAUGACCAAUAUAUUGUUAUCAAGGAACCUAUCCGAUUACCAUCUGUGACGAUGCCCACGCUCGCUGUAGAAGAGAAAGACCGAGAUGAUGGAAUGCCCACGCGGGCAUCGACCCGUUUGAGCCGCGUCACCGUCGAUCUUCCCAAAGCGGCCAUUGCUGGUUUGGUCGGGCAGAUGGCAGAGGAGUAUGAAGAACUUGAAGACCAGUCACCGAGAGUUCGACCACUGUCACACUGCUGGGAUGCUAUGGGUGAUGUGUACAUUGGAUGUGAGGGAGGACAAUUGAUUAAGAUUGACACAGAGGUGAUGAAGGUGAAAAUGCUGCAUAACCCUGUUGUUUCUGAGGCAAUCUUCAAGCAAGACAGCACCUUCAGACUUGGUGAAAAGGAACCUUCAAACAUAUCUAUGCAAUCUGUUGGAAGUACUGAUGUUCCUCUCGGACCUGGGGCCUUCAACUCGAUCACCCUGGACAGACAUCACCUAUAUGCAGGCGGGGAGGAUGGAACCAUACGCACCCUGACCGUGCUCAAAGGCUCUGUCAAACUAGACCAUUCGUAUCCCAUUGGUAACUGUAUUACCUCAAUAGCAUUCUCACCAAACUACUCGCAACUUGCGGUUGGAAGUAAUAAGGGGACAAUCCAUCUCUAUGACCCAAAAUCCCCUGACAAUGCCAAGGAAUUUGUUGACGUUCACCAUGGUAACUUCGUGGCCUCGGGAUUCUUAUGCCCAGGCACAGAGACAGUUGUGACUGUCCGUGAAGAUGGGGAAGUCCAAGCAUGGGACAUAGAAAGUGGAAAGUUAUUGUCGACGAUUCCGAUCGGUCUGCAUGCCACGGCUUUAGUGUGUUGCCCUGUCAGCAAUAUUGUCGCCGUCGGCAGUGGAGCAGGCCACAUCUACUAUAUUGACUUCACAAAAGUCGACCAGCCAAGGAUUGUGAAGAGAAUGCGAGUUCAUGCCGGGCCUAUUAAGGCAAUGGAUUACGACAUCAACGGACACUACCUUAUCUCUGGCUCCGAUGAUGGUCAUGUGAUCAUUAGCCACGCCCGUGCCUUCCGUCGCUUCGAACCGAUGGGCCACACGACCACACCCAACGAUUGUGAUGUCGUCGCCAUAUGUACUUACACCAAGGAGAAAUCUGGUGUGAUCCAAGUGAUUGCUACCGUCAAUGACAGCAAGAAGAAGAGGAAUGGGGCAACGAGGAUGAUUAUCUUUGAGCUGACAGAGAACAUAGCCCAUGAUCCUCCAUAUGCCAGUCUCAAACACGACCUCCUUGACGAUAGCAUAAAGAAGGUCAUUUUCAAUUUCACCACUCCGUCCUACGGCGCCGCAUUGACGUCUGGUAACAUCUUCUUCUGCCUCGCCCAGAAUACCAAACACAUCCAUAAGAUUAUCAUACCAGAUGAAGCUCCAAAGAAGGAAUACAGCAAAGACUCGUACCUGGAGCCUGAAGUCACCAUCCCUGCACACUCGCUACCUAGCGGCAUGGUCUGUCUCUCCGCUCACCAGAAAUGGUUGGCUAGCUGCUCACCAGAUGGCGCUGGCCAUAUCAGAGGAGUCGGAACUAUGGAGCGCACUGUCGAUAUCAACCCUCACAGUUACACGACGGGCGGUGUCCACAGCAUCAAGUUCUCCUUUGAUGCCCUCCAUGUUGUCACAACCGGUUUUGACGGCACCCUGGCGUGCUAUAAAUGGGAAUUUACCAGCCAUGGAGCGAUGAAAGCAAAGUCUGCGCAUGAAUUGGCGCGCAAGCACCACAUGCAACACAUGUCAACCACAGAGGAGGAACACCAGACCAUCCAGGGUAUGGCCGAAUGGUCACCCAUGCCUUCCCGGCCCGGCACCCUCACAGGAAAGACUGAGGGAGACCCCGAUGAUGAGAAGCCCAAGACCCCGGAGGCAGAGGAAGUCUACACCACACCAACCCCGACUCCAGGGGCCGACUCCACCUGGAUCGAGAUUAGAGAAAUGGAGGCGCAUCAGGAAGAGGAUAAGAAGUACUCCGAGAAGAAGAAACAACUGAGGACGGAGAUUAGAGAAAUGAGGAAAAUUAUUCAAACCAUGAUGCGUGAAAAUGAUAUUGUCCCUGAUAUUGAGAAGUUGGGAAGACAUGAGUUCGACCUUGACCUUGAGGAGCAAGGUCGUCUGCAAGCUGAUGGUCAGGCUGAAGUCCAGAGGAUUCGAGAGGAAAUUGAACUGGACAACCUUGCCAAGAUGUACCUGAGAGAGUUGAUCAAGAAGGAGUGUUGGGAUGAGAUGGUCGUCAAGGGAAGAGCCAUCGGGGCUUUCAACUCCAAUCUGGAAGUUGCCAACUACCCGAUGCGUGAACGCUCCGAGGAAGAGGUCGAGGAACUGGAACGAGUGACGCUGCAACGGACAGUGGAGAUAGCCGAGAUGAAGGACCGAAAAGACGUCCUGGAACAGGGCAACAAAUCAUCAGCAGAAGAGCCAUUAGAAAAGGCUGUGAGAGAAAAAUUUAAUUUUCCGCCUGAGGAGGAGCCACUCGAUCCUGAUGACGUCAGUGACGGGAAGGAGCAACCCUCUACCAUUGGCAGUCUAGGCUAUUCAGAUGAUAAAGGUGCCCAGUAUGGUGGUGGCAGUGAGCUGUUCUACAGUCAGUUUGAGCUCUGCACCAGGGAGCAGAAGAUCAACCAGAUAGUUCUGUUGGAGGAUGCGAUUCACAGGAUCAAGGUCAACUUCAACAAAGAGUUCGAAGAGAUGCUGAAGAAGAAAGAGCAGGAGAUCACCCGUAUCAAAGAUAAAAACCGCCGUAUCAAGAAGAUUAUCGUCGACCUUGACCUCUUGGACGAGGUGUUUGAGCCAGAGUUCGGCGUCCUUGAGAAGCCAGAGUCUCUCUUGGUAGUCGAAGAUGAGGAGGUGAAGGUUGAGAAAUACCUGACCCCAGAGCAACAGAAACAGCGUGAGAAAGAACAGAAGAUUGAAGAGGAGCGCAAGGCCAAGGAGAAGGGUGAUAAUGCGAGGGAGAGAGCCCUGGACACCAUGAUGGGAGGGGUACUAGAGGUGAAGAAGGAGGAUGAACUGAAAAAGGAUGUGCCUGUGCCAGCGUUCAUGUCCAAACCUGCCGAGGAGUGGACAGAAGAUGAGCAGAAGCUCGCCAAGGACUAUGAGAAGAAGGUGAAAGACCUCCAGGAGGAGAGAGAGAAGUACAGGAAGCAACUGGAGACAGAACUAAAGAAACUUCAAGGCUUCAUCAGCGAUGGCGCCCAGCAGUACGACGACAUGCUGAAUACGCUCUUCACCAAGAAGAUCAAAACCGAGAUGGUGAUCUACCAGGAAGAGUUGAAAAUCGUCCGCCUGAAAUACGCCCUCCUUGUGGAGGAUGAGUUGAACACGCGUGAGAGAGAGUUGGUCAGGCUGCUUGAGCACAAGAAGGAGUGCAAGGUCCUUGCCAUAGAAGCCUUCUCCGAAGCCAGGAAGAAUGUUGACAAUUUCCGUGAUGGCUACGACAUCCUGCUGGCCGAAGACAAGGUUAUGGACAAGGCGUUUAAGCGGGAGUUCCAUGACGCGACGGCACUUCAGGUUGAACAGCUUUACAAGUUGUUCAGGAGGAGACCAAGGAUCCAUAGUGCAAAUGCAUUGAAAAGAGGUCCCAGGGCCGCCAAAGACACACCCAGCCAUGACCAUGCGCCGAACCCAUUCCUUGAUCGGCCGAGCACGGCACGCCAGCACUCCUUGGCCAAGCAAUCGCUCGAGGCAGCAAUGAUCGAACUCGAUAAAGAUAUCAACAUACCCGAGGGGGUUGAGCUACACAUCUGGCAGAAGAUGUGUGCCUACAGGAGGCAGAAGAUAGAGAGUGAACAACUGGUGAAGGCCAAGGCACUGAUUCUGGCCGACAUGAACGCCUUCAUGCAGAAACGCCAGGAGGAAGAUGAGAAACUGAGAAAUGAGAUAGAUGACCUCACACAUGCUCUCAACAAGGUGAAGGAUGACAAGAUGCGGUUCCAGUGUAACCUUGAGAUCCAGCUGCUGCUGAAGCAAGGUCAAGUGGAGGUGGAUGCUGGGCCGUUCAUCCACGACUACAGCCACAGCAUCCUCAUCCACAGGAGUGUCGUCGAGGAUCUCAACGCAAAAAUCCGGGCUCUUGGAGAAGGCAAGAUAUCCAGCAUGGUCGAAAGCAAGGACUUUAGGAAGGGAAUCAUACACCAAGAAUGGGAGCACAAGAAGAUGCUGAUGGAAAUGGAAGACUUGAAAAAUAAGAUGCGUGAUAUACAGAUGCUCAAGGUCACAAGGGAAAUCCAGGCUUAUUUGAUCGAAGAGGAUCAUGAUGCCAGAAAGGUCCAAGAAAUCGCUACGCUUGAACAGACCAUAGUCAAACAGAAAGAAGUGCAUGAGAAAAAUGUCGAAGAGAGGAAACGCAUUUUGAAAGAUUUACAUAAGGUCAUCCGAGAAAAACAAGAGGACAAUAAACAGUUAGAUGUUGACCUUGAGGAUUUGAACGUCAAUGUCAAUGAGAGACGCCACAUCCAUGAAGUCAAUGCUGAGAAGCACAGUGACGGCGGUGCCGAAAAACGUUACCAAGAUAUCGUGCAGCGGCGGAAACUUGUUGAUCUCGCCAAGGCGCAGGCUCAGGAGGUGGCCGUCCUGAGGGCAGAGGUGGAGAGGCUGAGGAUGAGAACCUUCCCUGCACUGGUACAAGUCGAACGAUAAACUCGAUAACGUUGUGAAAAAGACAUUUUCUGCCUCUACGAUAUAUGCUAGGCAAGACCAGGUGUAUUUCUGAUAAAUGUAGCCACUCGCGGGAAUUAUAAAAUUUGAUUGAGAAAGUCUGGAAUAAAAACGACACUAUUUCUACCGAAAAAUUUCACAAUUACAACUUGUGACGCAUACAAAGUUAUCGGGGAUUGUAAGCUUUCCGUGAAAGUCAUGUGCUUUCAUAUAGGGGGCACUCUCUCCAGUCCAGUGGUAUUCAGUGAUCAAUUUGUAUUUUCUGCAUUUUAGGAAAAAACGGUUGAAAACCAAAAGUUAGCUUUGUUUCAUUGACAUCUAAGGGCCUUUGGGUCCAAAAAUAUCACAGCAAUUGUAGACAAGCAGUUUGAUACAGGUGUUGGUCCAACUUGAUGUUAAAAUGUCUGUGAUAAAUUUGAGAUGUUAUUGUUCUUGUAGGUGUCUAUGAAUUGUAAAGAUGUUUCUUGCAGAAUCAUCACAAAGUCUACAUAGAACUUUCCUGAUAUUGAUUUAGUAACUUACUGCUGAGUAAUCGAUUUCAAAAUCAUUCCAUGAUCAUUUUCUAGGAACCUAUGGUAACAGUUUUAUGCAAAGGCUUUAUCAUUUAGAAUUUGCUGUGUAUCUCCUCUGUACUGUGAUAUAAGUUUUGAAAGUAAUUCCUUUUGUAAAACUUCUAUGCGAAAAUCUUUUGUUUUUUGAUCCGUCCGUUUCAUUUUACAAAUGUACUCCGUCCAAAAGUUCUCUGUUUGAUUGGUUUUUGUGUAGGGGGAGUUUAGUUGCAAAACAGAAUGGCAUUGCCCAUAUAUAGUAAUGAUCUAUCUGUUCUCCAAGUUUAAGAGGAUCAGGGCCAACAGUAAAAAUGUCAAGUUUUCCAGUUUCAGGUUAAUUCCUAACUUUGAAACUGUUUUUAUCAAAAAUAGAUAUAUUACAUUAUGCAAUGAUACUCUUUCACAUUUUGUAAGUUGAUAUAGGUGAUAUUUAAUAUCAUAUUGUUGCAUAAAAUAUUUUCCUGCUGAAUUUUGUAUCUACAUGUAACUUCCUUUACCGUUUACAGUUGAUUCGUGCUGAUUUCUAAUCAUAUCUAAAGGACCCAGUAAGGUAAAGUGGUACAAUUAUUGCCCUUACAGCCAUGACAGUGCAGAAAAUAGCUGGCAGUACACAUUAAUGCGAACAUGGGCCAUAAUUAAUUGUACCAAAUUACAUGUACCUUAAUAUUUCCAAAUACUCUUCCUUUUCAUUUCAUCCCUACAUAAAUGUUAAAGAUUUCUGCUAUUUUCUGCUGAAUUUUCCUUUAUUUACAUAUAAACCUUCUAAAUGUGUAUGCAAUGUUAUAAAUACAUUCCGUUAACUAAUGAUUUAAUUUUUCAUGUUUGUUAUUGAACGUUUCAAAACGAAUUUU